AUGAGCGUGGAGCUGGCAGCAAUGGGGCCUGGAGCUUCGGGAAACGGGGUCAGCACUGCGACAGUUCCACGCUCAGCACCGGGCCCUGGAGGCAGCCUGCAUGCCUACGACAUCGCGGUCCUGGUCGUCUACUUUGUCUUCGUCAUUGGCGUGGGAGUCUGGUCGUCCAUCCGUGCCAGCCGAGGGACCAUUGGCGGCUACUUCCUGGCGGGAAGGUCCAUGAGCUGGUGGCCAAUCGGAGCAUCUCUGAUGUCCAGCAAUGUGGGCAGCGGUUUGUUCAUCGGCCUGGCUGGGACAGGGGCCGCUGGAGGCCUUGCUGUGGGUGGCUUUGAGUGGAAUAUGAGGAAACCAAAGCCUGGAGGACCUCAUCAGAGGUCACACAGGACUGAUAUCAGGCCUCUGGCAACCUGGCUGCUUCUGGCCCUCGGCUGGGUCUUCGUCCCCGUGUACAUCACAGCCGGUGUGGUCACAAUGCCGCAGUACCUGAAGAAGCGAUUCGGGGGCCAGAGGAUCCAGGUGUAUAUGUCUGUCCUUUCUCUCAUCCUCUACAUCUUCACCAAGAUUUCAACUGACAUCUUCUCUGGAGCCCUCUUCAUCCAGAUGGCCUUGGGCUGGAACCUUUACCUCUCCACUGUGAUCCUGCUGGUGGUGACGGCCGUCUAUACCAUCACAGGGGGCCUCACGGCCGUGAUCUACACAGACACUCUGCAGACGGUGAUCAUGGUGGGGGGAGCCCUGGUCCUCAUGUUUCUGGGCUUUCAAGAGGUGGGCUGGUACCCAGGCCUGGAGCAGAGGUACAGGCAGGCCAUCCCUAAUGUCACAGUCCCCAACACCACUUGUCACCUCCCCCAGCCCGACGCCUUCCACAUGCUCCGGGACCCUGUGAGCGGAGACAUCCCUUGGCCAGGCCUCAUUUUCGGGCUCACGGUGCUGGCCACAUGGUGCUGGUGCACUGACCAGGUCAUUGUGCAGAGGUCUCUCUCCGCCAAGAGUCUGUCCCACGCCAAGGGGGGCUCCGUCCUGGGGGGCUACCUGAAGAUCCUUCCAAUGUUCUUCAUCGUCAUGCCUGGCAUGAUCAGCCGGGCCCUGUACCCAGAUGAAGUGGGCUGCGUGGACCCUGACGUCUGCCAGAGAAUCUGUGGGGCCCGCGUGGGAUGUUCCAACAUUGCCUACCCCAAGCUGGUCAUGGGUCUCAUGCCCGUGGGUCUGCGGGGCCUGAUGAUCGCAGUGAUCAUGGCCGCCCUCAUGAGCUCACUCACCUCCAUCUUCAACAGCAGCAGUACCCUGUUUGCCAUUGACGUGUGGCAGCGCUUCCGCAGACAGGCAACGGAGCAGGAGCUGAUGGUGGUGGGCAGAGUGUUUGUGGUGUUCCUCGUCAUCAUCAGCAUCCUCUGGGUCCCCAUCAUCCAAAGCUCCAACAGCGGGCAGCUCUUCGACUACAUCCAGUCUGUCACCAGCUACCUGGCCCCGCCCAUCACUGCCCUCUUCCUGCUGGCCAUCUUCUGCAAGAGGGUCACAGAGCCUGGAGCCUUUUGGGGCCUCCUAUUUGGCCUGGUGGUGGGGCUUCUGCGCAUGAUCCUGGAGUUCUCGUACCCAGCCCCAGCCUGUGGGGAGGCAGACCCGAGGCCGGCCGUGCUGAAAGACUUCCACUACCUCUACUUUGCACUCCUCCUCUGUGGGCUCACGGCCAUCGUCAUCGUUACUGUCAGCCUCUGCACAAUCCCCAUCCCUGAGGAAAAGCUCGCUCGCCUGACGUGGUGGACACGACACCAUCCUCACCCUGAGCUGAAGACGGAGGCGCGGGAGAACACAGCAGGGGCAGCGGACAUGCCCUCUGGGGAGGGUCCUACAGGGGCCGGAGGGACAGAAAACCCCAGGCACGGCCAGGAACAGCCUGCAGCCCCACGCAGGUCAUGGGGACAGCUGCUCUGGGGCUGGCUGUGUGGGCUCUCGCCGGCCCCGGAGCAAGCGCUGAGCCCCGCGGAGAAGGCCGCGCUGGAGCAGAAACUGACCAGCAUCGAGGAGGAGCCGCUCUGGAGAAGCGUCUGCAACAUCAACGCCGUCCUCCUGCUGGCCGUCAACAUCUUCCUCUGGGGCUAUUUUGCGUGA